AUGAAUGGCCCUAAUGAAUAAUCAGAAGAAUUGUCUCAAAUUUUCGUUUAGGUUAAAGAGAUUGAUACAAAAAUAUUCAAUCUUAUAAAAGAAAUGUUUGGAAAUGAGAAAAAUUAAGAUUCUAUCCGAUAUCUUUCAGAUAUUAAAGAUCAAAAAUAUCACGAAAUAACCAUAUUACAAAGAGAGAAACAAACCCUACCUGAUAAUGAAUAGAGUCUAGAUGUUUUUAGAAAUAACAUUAACCAAAUUAUUAUUGCUUUGAAAAAAAUAAAAAAUCACGACUUUAAUAAAAAUGAUUAUUCUGCUGAAGACAACAUGUAAGCUAGACAAGAUCUAAUUAAUACAAUAAAGGAUGAAAGGUAGAUCAUAGAAUUUUUGACACUUUUAGUUCACCUCACAUCCAUAGAUAACACUCUAAUAUAAUGUGGAUCGAAUUCAUUAAAUUUAUUAGUCUAAAUGAGGGCUGAUCUUAAUAAAAAAAAUUUUGAAAAUAUUAAGAUCUAAAAUACUUCUUUGGUGGGAGCUAAUUUUGUUCAAAGUAACUUGAGCGGAUCUGAAUUUAAAAAUGUUAAUAUAAGUGGUAUGAAUUUGAAUAGAGCAAUAUUAUAGAAUUGUAAAUGGAAUAACUUAAGAAUCAAUGAAUUGAAUAAAAUUAAUGGUCAUAAAAGGAAAGUCAACUCAGUUCAUUUCUCUCCUGACGGAAAUACAUUAGCUUCUGGAAGUGAUGAUAACUCUAUCAUUCUAUGGGAUGUUAAAACAGGGGAAUAAAAAGCCAAAUUAGGUGGUCACAAUAAGCCUGUCAACUCAGUCAGUUUCUCUCCUGAUGGUAAUAAAUUAGCAUCUUGUAGUGGAAAGCCAUAUAAAAUCGGCGAUAAUUCAAUACGUCUUUGGGAUAUUAAGACGAAGAAAUAAAUAGCGAAAUUUGAUGGUCAUUAAUAUGCUGUUUCAUCAGUCCAUUUUUCUCCUGAUGGUAAUACGCUAGCAUCUGGUAGUUAUGAUAAAUAUAUCCGUCUAUGGGCUGUCAGAACAGGACAAUAAAUAAUUUAAUUAGAUGGUCAUUCUAGUGCAAUAAUGUCAGUAUGUUUCUCUCCUGAUGGUAAUACAUUAGUGUCUGGUAGUAGUGAUUUCAAUAUUCGUCUAUGGGAUGUGAAAUCAGGAUAAUAAAAAGCCAAAUUAGAUGGUCAUUCUAGUGCAAUAAUGUCAGUCUGUUUCUCUCCUGAUGGAAUUACAUUAGCCUCUGGUAGUGGUGAUAACUCUAUCCGUCUAUGGGACGUGAAAUCAGGAUAAUAAAAAGCCAAAUUAGAUGGUCAUUCUAGUGCAAUAAUGUCAGUCUGUUUCUCUCCUGAUGGAAAAAUAUUAGCUUCUAGUAGUAAUGAUCGCUCUAUCUGCCUAUGGGACGUCAAAACAGGAUAAUAGAAAGCCAGAUUAAAUGGUCAUACUAAUUCUGUCUAUUCCGUAUGUAUCUCUCAUGAUGGAAAUACAUUAGCUUCUGGUAGUUAUGAUAAAUCCAUCCGUCUAUGGGAUUUCAAAACAGGAUAAAAAAAACCAGAAUCGGAUGGUCAUACUAGUGCUGUCUUAUCAGUCUUUUUCUCGCCUAAUGGAAAUACAUUGGCCUCUUGUAGUUACGAUUAGUCUAUCCGAUUAUGGAAUUCCAAAACAGGUUAGUAAAAAGCCAAAUUAGAAGGUCAUGAGGAUUGGGUAAUGUCAGUCUGUUUCUCUCCUAAUGGAAAUACAUUAGCAUCUGGUAGUCGUGAUCGCUCUAUCCGUCUAUGGGAUGUCAAUACCGAAUAGUAAAAAGCGAAAUUAGAUGGUCAUACUGAUUCUGUCUGCUCAGUCUGUUUCUCUCCUGAUGGAAAUACACUAGCAUCUGGUAGUGAUGAUAACUCUAUCCGUCUAUGGGAUGUCAAAACGGGAUAAUAAAAAGCCUAAUUAAAUGGUCAUAGUAGUUAUGUCUGGUCAGUCUGUUUCUCUCCUGAUGGAAAUACAUUAGCUUCUGGUAGUUUUGAUUAGUCUAUCCGUCUAUGGGAUGCCAUAAGAGGAUAACAUAAAGCCUAAUUAGAUGGCCAUGAAAAUUGGGUAAAGUCAGUCUGUUUCUCUCCUGAAGGAAAUACAUUAGCAACUGGUAGUUAUGAUAACUCUAUCCGCCUAUGGGAUGUCAAAACGGGAUAAUAAAAAGCCUAAUUAGAUGGUCAUAGUAGUUCUGUCUGGUCAGUCUGUUUCUCUCCUGAUGGAAAUACAUUAGCUUCUGGUAGUGAUGAUAACUCUAUCCGUCUAUGGGAUGUCAAAACGGGAUAAUAAAAAGCAUAAUUAAAUGGUCAUAGUAGUUCUGUCUGGUCAAUCUGUUUCUCUCCUGAUGGAAAUACAUUAGCUUCUGGUAGUUAUGAUAACUCUAUCCGCUUAUGGGAUGUAAAAGCAGGAUAAGAAGUUAAAUCAUUCGAUUAGAGUUCCAAAAAUGUUUUAAGAUAAUAUAAGAGCCCGCUCCUAUAAAAUAAUUCUAUUUCAGAUGACAGUAUUUAUCUUUUUUAAUAUUUUUAGUCUCAAAUUAUAUUACUGCUCUUCUUAUAUCCUAAUCCGCUAUAUUUUAAGUACAGGGAGCUUUAGUCCUACAAGGAGAAUUUAUCAAUUAUUAAGGGUUUGAUUUAAAGUCCCUAUUAAAAUCAAAAGAAAGUUUUCUUUUAGAAAACUAAUUAGAUACAAAAUAAAAAAAAACUUGA